AUGUCGCUCCUCACCCUACCUACGGAGCUGCUGGACCACAUCUUCAGCUACUUCGAGUGGGAUCGCACAAAACAGCUGCAUCCGGUGAAAGACGAUCUUAUUAGCGCCGGCCUAACGUGCAAGAAGCUCCGCACGGCUUUGCUGCCUUCUAUCUUCAAAGAGGUGACCCUACGCCUGCGAUGGGUUGGUGGCGAAUUGGCUGAACCUUCGCUGUUGAAACUUCGAGUGCAAUCGCCCCAGUUGAUGAGGCAUAUUCGAUGUGUGACUCUCAGCACGGAGUGUGAGGACUGCACGCACUGCGCACAGAAGGACCAUUGCCAGCCAUUCGUACCUCCAGAUGAUCAACAAGACUGGCUCGCCUUCAAAGGCGAAGACGCAUCGCAUCUCGCAUCCGAAUAUCGUAGUCGCGUGGAUGCUUUUGCUCGAACAUUGAGAACAAACGCCGAAGUACCCUACUGGAGCACCGACGCCUCAGCAGAAUGCAUCAUAAGUGCAAGUCGAGCUGCGAGGCUUCGCUGCCGAACGCUGGACUGCCUUGCUAUAGUCAUGCUGUGCAUACCACCCAACGUCCACAGCAUAAUCCUCAAAUCCAACCUCGUAGGUCGCAACCACGAGAGCAAGAACGACUUCUCCAUGCAGCUUCUAGCCACUUCAAUGGAAGUCCUCGCUGACAGACUGCAAGAAUUGACGCUCGUGUCCAUGGCUUACCACAACCAAUCAAGGAGACAAAUCGCCAACGACGCCAAUGCCCUCGUGGAAGACAAACCUUUGCCAAUAUCACUCCUCAAUCGAAGCAACAUACAACGUCUAGUCCUCGCCUUCCGCGAAAACAACCAAUUCAGCGCCUCCAGCCCGACGUUGACACACAGGGCAUACGAGCGCUGGCAAACGACCUCGAUCCGCGAGCUCGACUUGCGGUACAUGCGCGCCGACAUCAGCGAGGUGCUGAAUUUCACUAAAGGGUUCCCGGCUCUUGAGACUGUCCGUAUACGAGACUUUGUUCUCUUCAUCGCUGGACGUGCCCCGGGCCGUCAAGAACUGGAACGGCACGUCUGGCUUCAUCUCGCCAUUGAGCUCCGUCGACAACUCCCGAACGCGCGAAUAGAGCUCAGUAAUUUGUUUAGACCGGCGUCGUAUGAUCAACUCACAGAAAGUGCCAUCAGGUGGAUUGUGCAGGAGGCUAUACCGGAAGGUGCCGUCAUUGAUGUGGAGAGAGAGCAGAGGUUGACUGAGGAUUACUUGAGUUUUGCGUUCUUGUGGGCAGCGGAGGAUGGGCGACGUCCAGCUCAUAGUCCGGUCUCGGAUAAGCUGUGGGCGAGCUUGAGUGAUGAGGCCAUGACGAGGCGAUGGAGAUAA